AUGUCUCCUCCGCAUGAUCCCAGCCGUCCAGCCAGCAUUGACCCUCUAAUAACUCCCGUUGCGACGGACCGUGAUCUCACGCCGCCGUCGCCGAACCCCCGCCGAAGGCCGGACAGGUCCUGCGUUCUCUGCCACCGGAGGAAGAUCCGAUGCGACAGACAGACGCCGUGCUUGGCAUGCGUGAGGGCUCGUCUCACGUGCACUUAUCCGUCGUCAGACCGGCCUGUUCGACGAGUUAGGAAGGCUACCAUUGCGGAUGUUGCGUCGAGGAUAUCAGAUCUUGAGAAGACAAUCGUAGCGGCAUCCAUCGACCAGGGCGGAGCGGCAAGAAGGCCACCGCCGCCAUCUGCACAAGUAUCUUUCGUUCCGAAUCUGCCCGUGAGCCCUCAUGAAUCUCCCCAGGAGCCUCAGGAACUUCCGUCAGAGGAGGUCCUGAUUAGAAAUGGUACCUCAAGCCAAUACUUCAAUGAGCUUCUUAUAUCCAGGGUCAUCGAAGAGCUAAUAUAUCCUGACUCGCCAUUCAGCCUCUUGGGCUUACUCUCUGGCCCUGCUGUCUUUGAGGACAAAGAAAAGGGAUGGCGUCUAUCCCGAUUACAUGCUACACAGCUAUGGCAUUUAUUUGUCCAGAAUGUUGACGCCACUAUCAAAGUUUUGCAUAUCCCUACCGAUGAAGUGACUGUUUUCACGGCCAUCCACCAACCAGAUGCCGUAUCAAAAGACACUUUAGCCUUAGUCUCAGCGGUGUAUUUUGCUGCUACAUUGACAAUGGAACCAGACGAGGCUCAGUAUAUACUUGGCAUUGACAAAAUGAACGCUCUACGGACAUUUAAACAAGAUUUUCAGAUGUACUUGGCGGCGGUUGACAUGUUGGAGAAUCCAACAGUUGUGCUACUUCAAGCAUUGGCUAUAUACCUGGCGUCCACACGAGCUCAUUAUCACGGCAGGGGCAUCUGGAUUCUGAGCGGCCUUGCCGUAAGAAUGGCGCAUUCCAUCGGCCUUCACAGGGACGGAAGCAAGCUGGGAAUCUCGCCAUUUGAAUCCGAAGUCCGCAGGCGGCUGUGGUGGCACUUUCUGGCGAGGGAUGGGCGGGCUGCGGAAGACCACGGUAUCAGCUCAUGGUCAACAGUUCCAGGAUACGAUACCAAACUGCCACUCAACAUUGACGACAACGAACUUCGCCCGGACAUGAAAGAGCUGCCACCUUCUCACAGCGGAUGGACCAAGAUGAGUCUUCCGUUGACAUGCAUGGAAGUGGCUCAGACAUUGCAGGCCAUGGCCAACCUCUCAAUGACACCAUCAGGGCCGACACCUAAAGAAGUAAUCAGGAGUAACCUGUUAACCCAACUAAGGUCCCGCGUCGAACAAUAUAUCAAGCCGUGCAAUCCCGUGAUUCCCAUACAGAGAAUGGCCAUGAAAACAGCUCUAGCCAUGGUACACAAGAUAGACUUUGUCACACGGCAGCAACUGGCAAACUUGGAGAAUCCCGACAAGCGAAAUACUUUUGCCACGGAGGCAAAUCUUUUGUCCGCACUGCGAUGCCUCGAAAUUCACCUCGAGCUAUGGGGAGAUGAGCUUCUGCGGCCAUAUAGAUGGUGCAUGCACGGCCAUCCACAGUACCACAUGCUGCUCUACGUUCUAUGGCAUCUCUGCGUUUCACCGAGCGGUCCUAGUGUUGAGCGUGCCUGGGUUAUAGUCGCAAAGCAAUUUGAGCUGGAGGAAGUGAGAAUGUCCAUGGCAGUGUCCAGCCCUGCGUUGAAGGCCAUCAUCUUGAGGAGAAUGCGCAAAAAGGCUGAAUUGAUACGACAGUCGUUGAUUAACGGCAGUGACACACCGGGGUCCACACCAGAAGGAGUCAAUGAAACACCUGAAGAAGAAGAAAUGGAGAGUUCUCUCCCGGAGGCAGUAAUGGACGUCCGUCGUUUUGAUGGAGAAAACGUGGAUUGGAACAGCCUCAUGCAGAACAACCUUCCAGACUGGAAUACGCUGGUUGAAGAUUUACAUGUGGAUCUGUAUGACUUCUCCAGUUAUUUUUAA